GAGAUGUCGUGCUUCGGCGGCCAAGACGCGCAAAUCUACCUCAUCGAGCUGACCGUCGAGCGUCUCAGGCUCUCGGCGAGCAAGUACCGCGAGGAUUUCGCCGAUUGUCCGCCUCUGAUCAAGUUCAAGUUCAUCGACUUCCCAGUCUUCGUGGUAAGCCGUCGUGUGGAUCCCAGUGCCGAAGACGUCAACGAACAACAGCAGCGGCCCGAAUCGACAGCCAGCUAUGACGAACUGGAAGGCAUCGUCUACGCGUGUGGCAAGUCGUGUCUAUUCGUGCGCAAGCCGCGCGAUCUCGUGGCAGCGAUGAAGCAGCAGCCGAUCAAGCUCGGUGUCUUCCGAGGCGAGGAGACAUUCCCGAUCGCCGAGACCUCGCUGCCACUGUCGGGCUGUCUCUGUGAUCAAGUUGCCAUGUCGACUAAUGACGAGCAGCAUCGAGCGCCUCCUUAUGAGCUCGCUGGAUGCUACGAUCUGUGCGAUCCCGGACGAAAUCCUGCGGGGACCAUUAAAAUUCAUGUGAGGCUGACAUUUUUCGGGCCGUACAUCAUCUCGGACUAUCAGUUGAACGAGGACGGCUGCACUUUCAAUAACGAGUACAAUGGUACGCUGCGAGUGACUGAGAUGUCGGAGAAGAGCGCAUAA